UUGAAUACGUAUACGUUGGAGGCUACGAGUGUACGAUUCGAGGAGCCGUGGCAUUUUCCGCGUAGGUCAGUUGUGAUUCGACGAGCGACGGACCAACAUACCGUGUGUUGUGCAUUUUAGCGAGGCGCGUUUGUAAAUAUUUAAAAAAUAUAUUCAUAAAUUGUUUAAACUAAAAAAAAAAAAACAUUCAGCAUCCAAGUGAUUUUUCGGCAGAUAAUUCCAGACAAUUCCAGGCCAUUGAUGUGAAAAGUUAAGCCUAAUUAAAAGUGCUACAGAGAGACAGAAGAAGAGUGCGAGGAAGUGCAGGGCGAAACAAAGGCCAGGUGGUGAUGCAUGAAUUAAGCUGAACAACAGAGAAUUGGCAACAUUUCUCGUGGCAGGCGGCUAUACGGCCCGGAUUACGUUUUUUCCGUUUAUCCGUGUUUUCGUGGAGCAACGCGUGUGUUGGUGUUUACCUUGGACAAGAAUAACUCGCAGCGGCAUAGACCCCAAAUCCUACAAGCAUCCAAAAGAAAAAACCUCCGCAUCCGCAUCUACUUGGCCAUUGUGGUUCGUUUUGGUUUCAUUGUCCCUCAGCCGUUUUUUUACGCGGCCUCACAUUUUGGCAAAAGCAUCUUUUGUGAAUCCUUGGGGGCGGCAGCACAGCAGUUUCUAGUCGGUGGCCUACUCUGAAGAAAAUGUUUCAAUAGAGAUGGCAAAACUUUCACGACGUGCCUCGUCGUCUGCAGCAACGCCAUCAACAGCAAACACAGGAACAGACACUGCAACAACAGCUGCUGCUACUCCUGCUCCUACUCCUACACAUUCGCCUCCUGCUAGUCAUGCCACAGGCUUGGCCCAACGCAUCAGCCGCCGUGCCACCAGCAGCCAAAGCAGCAGGCCCCAGGCGGCGGCACUCAUUGAUACCAGCGGCGAUGUCCUACAGGAGGCGCCAUCGCCACCACCGACACCGGCGGCGCACACCAACAGCAACAACAACAACAACAGCAACAACAACACUGCCACACGAAAUGAGAGCACCGCUGCACCCGCACCUGCACCUGCACCCGCCCACAAUACGGCCACGCCCUACAUGCCACUGCUGCCGCCGGGCGAACGGAAUCUGACCGAUGCCGAGAAUGCCGCGGAGCGGGCCAGGAUCCGGGAGGAGUUCUUUGCCACCUACGACGUGAUGACCGGCGUGAGGAUCGCAGCGACGCUGGGCGGCUUCUUUGGCCUGAUGGUGUUCCUCAUCGUGUGGAAGAGUCGCAGCAGCAGCAACGAGACGCUCAAGGUGCUGAAGGACCCCAAGAUGGCGGCAGUGGCCUCCCUGUGCAUGCAGGAGGAGGAGGAGCGCGAGAUCCAGGAGGCCAUUGUGGCCACGGGCAUGUCCAUAUAUCCGGAUGAGUACGAUGCCAUGGUGUACCGCCGCCAGCGGAUGCUCUCGCUGGGCAAUGUGAGCGCCCCACCAUUGCUGAAUCGAGGCUAUCGUUGCGGUUCCGUGGGUGGCGUUGGUGCUGGUGUGCCCGUGGGCUAUAGCUAUCUGCUGGAGCCACCGCGACGCUUCUCCUACUCGGCCAUGUCCGCGGGCGGUGGUCCGCCGGGCCCCAUAGGACGCCGCAAGAGCGGCUCCGAAUCGUCGCGCAUUUUCAGCAAUUACCCAAUGGGCGGCAGCUUCGGCACCGACGACUACUUUGUGGAGACCGAGGACGAGCUGGAGCACGAGGAGUACAUGCAGAGGGAUGCACGCGACGAGCCGGAACACCCGCAUCAUCAGCGCACGGAUUCGACGCGCAGCAAGCAGGGAUUUCUGUCCGUACCCAUGACGGGUCACGACUCCAGACGCAGCAGUGCCAUGACCUGCUGCAGCACAGACAGCUCCUACCUGGAGCGUCGCACCUCCGCCUACACGCUGGGCAUGAGCAAUCUGCCGCCGACGCUGCAGCGUAAGCUAUCGACAGCGUCGCGCACAUCGAGCAUCGAGAACUGGGACUACUACUACCCGGACAUCCAGGUGAUACAGCCCACGCCGAAGGCCUCGCCCUGCCCCUCGGAGCGCAGCGUUCACGAGCCCGCGAGCAUGGCCACCACGACGGGCCUGAGUGCGCCCAGCGUCAGGCGCAAGCACAGCAUUGUCUCCUACGAUCCGGACAGCGCCCAGGCGGGACGCAAGCAGCAGAUCCACUCGAUCAGCGCCGACACCGUGGACGUGUAUCCCUACAAUCAGGCGGCGGCGCUCGUGGACACCGUGGAUCUGGGACUGCCGCUGCCCAAGCCCAUUCAAUCGGCACCGCCCACCGGCGCCCAUCAGGCCUUCCAUUUCUGUGACUCGCCGUCGGAGGAGCUGCGCUUGGGCGUGCGGCGAAAGCUCACGCUCGUCGAGCUGCAGCGGAACGAGAGCAACAACAACAGUUUCCCGUAUACGGCCAAUGCAGCGGAACCUGCCAGUACGACUGGGGGCGGGGGUGGGGGUACAAGCACAGUGGCCACCUCCAGCAGCAUCAGCGUGGACAGUACACCCGUGAGCUUGGAUCGCCUGAAUGGCAGUCUCAGCCUGGGGACCAUUUCGGUGUCGGCCAAGGUGCCGCCGAAUGCCAAUGGAAAUGCCGAAAAAAGGGCGCCACUCGCCUCACUAAGUUCCUUUAAGAUCUCCUCGCUGGAGUGCCCCGACUCCGAGCUGCGCUCCCUCGAGGAGGACUCUGUGUUCGGGCUGGAGAGUCCUGCAGACACCGACGACGAUAUGCAGCAGUUGAGCAGCGACAGCGAGGAGCAGGCCGUGGCCAAGGCAGUCAUCGAGGCAGCUGCCGCAGCGGCAGCUAAAUCAGCAGCGGCACAGGGUCAGGGUCAGGGCCAGGGCCAGGGCCAGGGCACAUCAUCCGUGCAGGUCAGCAGUGGCCAGCCCAAUCCCAUGCCCCAGGCGAUGGCGCUGAAGCGGAUGAGCCUGGGUGGCGUGGCUGCUGGAGGGACGGGCGCCCGGCCACGUCGACCGCUGCUGCAGCGCCAUCGAAGCAUCUGCACCGCUGCCAGCGAUCGUGUGUCCCUCAUUGGGCCGCACACUGGGCCGGGAUUGCCGCUGCAACAGCUACAGGGCCAUGUGCUGCCAGUGACUGCCGAGGCGGCGGCGGCUGCGGCGGUGGUGGUGCCGCUCGAGACGCAUUUUGGCGCCAUUGUGAGCCACAGUCCACCGCGUCGGGGACCGCUGCUGCAGCAGUACAGCGAUCCGCAGAGUUUGCCCACGACAACGACAACGACCACCACCACCACCACGGAGGAUGACACUUGUUCCACACUCAACACGGAGCUGGGACUGCUGGAUGCAGUGGCUGGUGGUGGCGGCGGCGGCGGCGGCGAGUCCAACACCCACACACAGUACAGCAGCAUGAAUACGGUGAUCAGCGUGGGUCGCUCCACACCCAGUCCCUGUCCCAGUCCCUGUCCCAGUGCCAGUCCCGGUCCCAGUCCCAGUGCCAGCGCCGCCACAAGUCCCCGGUUGGACAAUAACUAUGCGUGUGCACAGGCCCCCGUGGCUACGGCACAGCAGCCAGCUCAACUGCCACUCAACUGUAGACUGGUGCACGAUCCCAAUCCCAAUGCCGAUCCCUGCCCCUCCUCCAAGUCCGAUUCGGUGCUAGCCACACGCCCACAGAGCAUUUGUGUGCCCGCCUCCUUGAAGGAUCUGAUACUGCGAAAGGGCGGCACUGCUGCUGCUGCGGCUGCUGCUACAGCUACUGUCGCUGGCAUCAGCAAAAGUGCCACAAACCUAAGCCUGCCCAGCAAUGAGAUGGGUGCCAGAGGAGCCAUCACCAUCACCACUACAACGACUGCGACUGCGACGCCCGCCGUCAUGCUAGAGCUUCCCCUGAUCAGGCUGCCAAACGACGAUGAGGACGACGACGAUGACGAUGACAACGAGGAGGCUGUGGGGGAGACUGGCGAGGAUAAGCGCGAUCCCAGCCUGCCCGGCACUUCCAGAAAAUGGUCCAGGGAAACACUCUUCUAGCCCAGUGGGCAUCCGCUGCUGGUACGCAUGCAGUUCCGUGGACCGGGCCAGUAUUUAAGAGCUUAGCAAACGACUUUUGUACGCAUGGCGAUGGCCAGUUGAACACAGUGAAAAUGUCUUCCAGGCGGUGCACCUAUUCCACAGAUUAAUUCUACUAGAAUUUCCCAUUUACAGGUGCUCAUUUCAUUCAGAACUAUAUUUUCUUUUAAAUAGUUUCCUACUCUUUUUUGUGUCUUUAAA